AACAGCAGAGGAGAGAAUUCUGCUUUUCAGAGAUGAUGUGGAGAGACACUUUGACUGUUAUAUAGCUACCACGUGAUAAAGAUUUUGGACCGUGGAACCUAUGUGGUACUUUACUGGAUGAUUUCAAGGCAUAUAGUAAGAGAUGAGGGCCAGGCAGCAGGGGAGUUACUAACCUUGAAGGCAUGGAUCAUUCUGUGCUCAGAGGGGAGAUGUCAGCAGUGCUUCACGACAGAUUCCCAAAGAAUUAGUGGUGAAUCCGCAGGAGACUUUUUGAGAUCUCUGGUGGAAGAGGAAGAUCCUCACAUGAAAGUGUCUCUUGGUAGCAGCGAUAUGGGCGUGUCUGCCCAUCUGCAGUCUUCGAAGACAGGGACCACCAGAUUUUUCACCAGCAACACUCACAGUUCUGUGGUACUACAGUUGCAGCAUCUCACACACUCUUGGGCUGUACAGUACAUUGAAAAGACCAGUAUGGAACAGAAAAUAUACCUGGGACAGACAUGCAUCCUGCAUUUGUCUAAGGGUUUUGACCAGCUGCGAAUAGAAGGCUUGCUUUGUGAUGUGACAUUAGUACCGGGAGAUGGUGAUGAAGUUUUUCCUGUUCAUAGAGCUAUGAUGGCAUCAGCUAGUGAUUAUUUCAAGGCUAUGUUCACAGGUGGAAUGAAGGAGCAAGAUUUAAUGUGCAUUAAGCUCCAUGGUGUGAACAAAAUAGGUUUAAAGAAGAUUAUUGAUUUCAUUUAUACUGCAAAACUUUCUCUCAACAUGGACAACCUUCAGGACACUCUUGAAGCUGCCAGUUUUUUGCAGAUUUUACCUGUUUUGGACUUCUGUAAAGUGUUUCUUAUAUCUGGGGUUUCUUUAGAAAAUUGUGUUGAGGUUGGGAGGAUCGCCAACACAUACAAUCUCACAGAAGUGGAUAAGUACGUUAACAACUUCAUCCUGAAGAAUUUCCCUGCAUUAUUAAGUACAGGUGAAUUUGUGAAACUCCCCUUUGAGCGUCUUGCCUUUGUGCUUUCAAGUAAUAGCCUUAAGCACUGCACUGAACUCGAACUCUUCAAGGCUGCGUGUCGCUGGCUACGGUAUGAGGAGCCUCGAAUGGAAUAUGCUGCAAAGCUAAUGAAGAACAUCAGAUUUCCACUGAUGACCCCACAGGACCUUAUUAACUAUGUCCAAACAGUGGAUUUCAUGAGAACUGACAAUACCUGUGUGAAUUUGCUUUUGGAAGCCAGCAAUUACCAAAUGAUGCCAUACAUGCAACCGGUUAUGCAGUCAGAGAGAACUGCCAUUCGAUCAGAUAGUACUCACUUAGUAACUUUGGGGGGAGUGUUAAGGCAGCAGCUGGUUGUCAGCAAAGAAUUACGGAUGUACGACGAAAAGGCACACGAGUGGAAAUCGUUAGCUCCCAUGGAUGCACCAAGAUACCAGCAUGGCAUCGCUGUGAUUGGAAACUUUCUUUAUGUAGUUGGUGGUCAGAGCAAUUAUGACACAAAAGGAAAAACAGCAGUUGACACGGUCUUCAGAUUUGAUCCUCGUUAUAAUAAGUGGAUGCAAGUUGCAUCUUUAAAUGAAAAGCGCACCUUCUUCCACCUAAGUGCCCUAAAAGGACAUUUAUAUGCAGUUGGUGGUCGAAAUGCAGCUGGUGAACUAGCCACAGUGGAAUGUUACAAUCCAAGAAUGAAUGAAUGGAGCUAUGUUGCAAAAAUGAAUGAGCCCCACUAUGGCCAUGCAGGAACAGUGUAUGGGGGAUUAAUGUAUAUUUCAGGGGGAAUUACCCAUGAUACUUUCCAAAAGGAACUCAUGUGCUUUGACCCUGACACGGAUAAAUGGACUCAGAAGGCUCCGAUGACGACGGUCAGAGGCCUGCAUUGCAUGUGUACUGUAGGAGACAAGCUUUACGUUAUUGGCGGAAAUCACUUUAGAGGGACCAGUGAUUAUGAUGAUGUUCUAAGCUGUGAAUAUUAUUCACCAACCCUAGACCAGUGGACUCCAAUUGCUGCUAUGCUCCGUGGGCAGAGUGAUGUUGGAGUUGCCGUCUUUGAAAAUAAAAUCUAUGUUGUUGGAGGAUACUCAUGGAAUAAUCGCUGCAUGGUGGAAAUAGUCCAGAAAUACGACCCAGAAAAGGAUGAGUGGCACAAGGUCUUUGAUCUCCCUGAAUCGCUUGGCGGUAUUCGAGCCUGCACUCUUACUGUUUUUCCCCCAGAGGACAACACAGGGUCACCGUCUAGAGAAUCUCCUCUUUCAGCACCUUAAAAACAUCCGUUGAUUUACGACGUUGUAGUAAUACCUUUGCACUGCAUCAUGGAGUCUAUUAUUUUCCUUCAGUAGUAUCUGUUAGGCUUAGCCUACAGCCAGUGGUACAAUGACUGGGAAAAACACAGGACUUGGACGUUACCCAUGCUGUCUGUUUGGCCUGCAACGUUUAUCAAGUGGUUAAGACAAAAACGCCGCAAUGUACUUCACAGAGCCAAAUGUCUAACAUGAUGAGAAAUGAGAGCUCGUCUGCAUAAAAUGUAUGAACUAUGUACGUUUUCAGUGUUGUGUGCUGGGUGUGAGGUACCUUACCACUUACAUUAGGAAGUCCAGUAAAUCAAAUUGGCAGGGACUGUAACCAACACGGAACUGUUUACCCAACUUCAGAUCCCGGCGUCUUUCUUCCUUUCACCUUCAACUGCAGAUACUAAAGGGAGGCAGCCUGCACCUGCGCGAAUGAGGAGAAAAGGUUGCCAAGAGGCCUGAGCUACCUCCCUCUCUUUUCACAGAGUAUUUUUGACAUAUCUGUGCACCUGCCCUUCUCUGUGGAUGUGUUCAGAGCAUAUGGAGUUUCUUAGGCAGACGGGAGAAAUCAAAUCAUCAUUUUAAAAAUAUUAAUGCUGUAUGAGUGGACCCUGUGCAGACCAGGAUUUUUUAGAACAUCAAAGGCUUUUUUUUUCCCCCAACUCGAUUCAAACAGAUGACUUAAUGUUUUUUAGUUCAUUGUUUUUUCUCACCCCUGGUAUUUGCUUCCACUUGUAAGGGGAGCAUAAACGAUUAACAAAUGGGAAUUCAAUACAGCUGUAUAUCCAGUUGUACUCCUGUACUGAAUUGGGGUAGAUAAGGGCUAGAGACAUUAAUGUAAGCCACUAAAUUUGAUCAGAUUGUUCCAUCAGAUGAAAUUUAAUCUACCUUUUCUCCUUUGCUGUUGAGAACUUGCAUAUUCCGUGUCCUCUGUAUAGUCUCAGUUAAUAAGGUUAUUUAGCACAAAGUGCAGCUUCAGCGGGAGAGCUGCUUUUUGCUCAGUGAACUCAGACUACCAUGUUUUACCUUCUUUUGUUCAAUAAAACUUUUAACUGCA